GAGAAGGUUUCCUGACAAAGAGACCUGCGAUGGCAAACAGGAUAAUCCCAGUGUUGGAAUUCCUGGCGGUGAGCGGCUGUUUCCUGGCUAUGGCACAGGUUGAUUUGGACUAUGCCGUUACCACAGAGGAUCAAAUCUAUCUUCUCCUGGAGGCCAAAGUUCAGUGUUGGCAAAACAUCACAUCACAGCUCAGCAAAGAAACAGAAAGCAACUGUUUUCCAGAAUGGGACGGCCUGAUUUGCUGGCCCAGGGGAUCUGCGGGGGAAACACUGGCUGUGCCUUGCCCUUCUUACAUUUAUGACUUCAACCAUAAAGGUAUGGCAUUUAGACACUGCAGCUCAAACGGAACAUGGGUCUUCGUGCAAAGUUUAAACCGAACGUGGUCCAAUUAUUCUGAGUGCCUUCACUUCUUACAAGCAGAAAUCCAUUCUGGAAAGAGGGAGUUUUUUGAACGCCUCUAUAUUAUGUACACUGUUGGAUACUCAGUCUCCUUCAGCUCCCUGGCAGUGGCUAUUUUCAUUAUUGGCUACUUCAGGAGGCUUCACUGCACCCGGAAUUACAUCCACCUUCACCUGUUUGUCUCCUUCAUGCUCAGAGCUACCAGCAUCUUCAUCAAAGACAAAGUAGUCCACACUCAGGUUGGAGUCAAAGAGCUUGACUCCCUGCUGAUAAGAGACCUGCAGAGUGCUGUAGUGGUUCCCCUCUUAGACAAGUCCCAGUACGUGGGAUGCAAGAUUACCGUGGUGAUGUUUAUUUACUUCUUGGCGACCAACUACUACUGGAUUCUGGUGGAAGGCCUCUACCUGCACAGUUUGAUCUUUGUGGCGUUCUUUUCAGACACCAAAUACCUGUGGGGAUUUACCUUAAUUGGCUGGGGAUUUCCAGCUGCAUUUGUAACAGCGUGGGCUGUGGUUCGAGCGACGGUGGCAGAUUCAAGGUGCUGGGAGCUCAGCGUUGGAGACCUCAAGUGGAUUUACCAAGCUCCAAUUUUAGCAGCUAUUGGGUUAAACUUUGUUUUGUUCCUGAACACUGUUCGAGUUUUGGCUACAAAAAUCUGGGAGACCAACGCAGUUGGCUACGACACAAGGAAGCAAUAUAGAAAACUAGCGAAAUCUACCUUGGUCCUGAUCCUCGUCUUUGGAGUGCACUACAUCAUCUUUGUGUGCCUGCCUCACACCUUCACAGGGUUAGGCUGGGAGAUCCGAAUGCAUUGUGAACUCUUCUUCAACUCCUUCCAGGGAUUUUUUGUUUCCAUCAUAUACUGCUACUGCAAUGGAGAGGUGCAGACCGAGAUCAAGAAAAUAUGGGCCAGGUGGAACUCGCCCGUCGACUGGAAAAGGACGGCUCCUUGUGGGAGUUACCGCUACGGCUCUGUCCUGACCAACAUGACCCACAGCCCCAGCAUCCAGUCCCACAUGGUGGCCAGUUCCCAUAUGGUCUUGAUAGCCAACCGGGCCAGCAAAAAUAUCGCCCUGCCCAACGACCCGCACGUGAAUUUGCCCGGAUAUGUCAGCAGCAACUCCGAACAGGAUGGCCCGCCUCACUGGAUUCACGAUCCACCCGAUGAAGGGGAAGAGAAGCGGGCGGACGGCAUUUGUCUCAAGGAGGCUCUGAGGCUCCAAGAUGCUCACAUGGGCCCUCUAGAGGAAGAGGAGGAGUUCAGCAAGGUGGAAGCAGAGGAGGCGCUUUAACAAGCCCCGGGCCUUGGAUACGACGGUUGCGGUGAUCUCCUGCCUAGGUGGCAACGCUCACAUUUGAAUCUGGGAAGUCUUUAUCAACAAAUCCCACUCAGUUCCCAUGAUGCUGCCUUACACAGAAUCAGCCCAUUGACUUCUCUGUUUUCCUCUGUGACGGGCAGCUGUUGUUAAAAGUGUCAUGCUAAUUCUCUUCCACAGCCCAGUACCCAUGAAUAUCUCUGGAAUGGAAAGACUGGCGGUUCAGUUAGAGGACCUUUUACAUACAAAGGAGACGCUCUCUGCUGCUAAGCCGUGGGCCCUUAACAGAUACAUUAUUUAUCAAUAUGAUAACUCUAUCGAUGCCAGAAACACUAUUGAAUUUGGAAUUCAUUGGAUUUGGGGCAGAACAAAACACUUCUCUUUCUUUUUUGAUAUGAUUUUUAUACCAUUUUCAGUAAAACGAAACAUAACUGGAUGUGUUCAGAUAAUUUUUAAAAAAUACAGCUAUCAGAUAUACUUUACUAAUCUUAUAUUCCAAUAGCAAAAUCGGCAAAUCCGAGGCUAUUUAAAUCUGGUGACUGGAGCUCUGAACAGGCAAAUCAGGUCUUUCUAGAAACCUAAAAAAGGUCCCCAUGUUUGCUAAAAAAAAAAAGUGAAAUCUUUAAAGCAAAAUUGAAACAUUUGGGAGGGUUUGAAAAACCCCAACCUGAUAAAAGGAGCCCCUUGAACGAUGGAUUCCCUCAGUGGCUGUUGCUAAGCAACCACAGAAUCAGGCUGGGUUUCUUUUAGAAAAAGGCAGACAGAAGGCAGGUGCUUUCCAGACCUAUUUUGACCGUUGAGGGAGGAUUCAUUGGAGCCAGGCCUGGAAAAAAAGUUGCCAACUACAGGUGUGGAAAUUCCUAAAGAUUUGGGAU